GGCCGCAAUUCGAAACAUGGACUUGUUUCCGCAGUACUAAGUGUUUGAAAGUCACCUCAUCAAAACAUUCCGUGAGAAAAAACGACUAGUAUGUAUCAUUCCUGUUUAUCUUGCUCUGCAUGAUUUAUUAGAAGAAUCAGGUAAUGUAUUGCCAAACUACAAAUGUUCUUUUCCAAUCCUAGGGCCGAGUCUAAUGUUUGCCGUGUACCGGUUCUCGAAGCUCGAAAAAAUUAUUCAAGAAAUAAUAUUUUGUCUUGCGGUUGAAGUUGAUAUACUAUCGUGUGAUGAUGACAUAAACUCUAUUAUUGUGGAAGUAAUUUUCACAGACAUCUUAUGCAUCCCAGAAAUUCAAUACAACAGUAGCUACAAAUUUACUAAAGAUUGUUUGACCGUCAUAGAAGGUGUUGUUAUAGGAAUAACACAUGUUCAUUUGUUCACGAAAGCAGUUCUGUAUUCAUGUCCAGAACAUCUUUGUCCGGGAAACAACAAUUACUUCAUCCAGCAUAAAAUGGACAUUUACAAAAGGUUGAAGAGAUUCCAAUGCAAAUUUUGUUAUACAGAACUGAGAGAAGAAAUGGAAAAAAGGUUGUUCUCAAAAAGAGUGCAAUUUCUCUUACUACCAAAACCGGAAAACGGAUCAGAAAUUAUUACAUUGAAUAGAAGCAUUAAAUGCACUGUUUAUGAUAAACUAAUUUGCAAACUUAAAUUCGGAAGAAGAUGCUUCAUUUCUGGUGUUCCUCAUCUAAAAAAAGCUGGUCGUUCAUACCAAUGGGAGUUCAAGGUUUAUGGGAUCGAAGAUUCAUUCAUUAGUUCUAUGGACCCUUGGAAAUGCGUUCUCACUACGGUUUUAGAAAGUUUACCUAACUAUGUUCGUGCAUAUGAAUUUGGUAUUGCAUUCACGUUCGCAUUCAUGUUCUUAGAUAAUGUCACAAAAGCCGGCACUUUUUUCCUGUUAAAGUGGCUUCUACUCUUACUUCUAGUUCAAAAUGAAUUCACAGAACCUGAUGAAAAACUUUUAUUUUCGCAAAUCUCAUGUAGACCUCCAGCUCUACUUUUAGUGGGACCCCUAGGCGACAGCUUAUCAAAUAAACUACUGAGAGCAGCAGGACAAUUUUCAAAACCAUUUUGUGAGUACAAGCCUGGGAGUAGUAUACUUCCGACAUCUUUGGAAGUGGACUUCAGUGGAUCUAAGAAACCAAAUUUGAAAUGCCUUUGUAAAACUAUGAAGAAACAGAAUACCUUACAAACGAAGUCUAUAGAGCUGGAUAAAUUGUGUACAAAUGAAGAACAUACAGUUAUGUGUGGAACUAUAGAACUAGCUUCUGGAGGAAUAGCUUAUUUCCCAAAUUUGGAAUUUUAUAAGAAAAAGGAACUAACUAGUCUCGUUUACGCUUUAGAGAACAUGACCGUGGGUGACUCAUUUUCAGGUUAUGGGGUUGAUUUGACAUCUGUUCAUAGGACCAACGAAGAGCUAUUUUACCCUAAUGAAACCACUAUUUGGGCUACUGUUGAAGUUAAUCCUCUGCAUAAGAAAAAAGUCGAAGAUCCAAUUGUUAGACUUUCACGAACUUAUUUAUCUGAUACAAAUAUUUUUAUUGAAACGAUGGACAAAACAAACGAGGGGUGUACCAAUUUACUACUCCAUGGAAAUUUGAAAAGAAUUAUUCACUUCUAGAUACAUGCAAAAACACACCUACAGUGAAAAUGGAAGAAAACGCUAGUAAAUUACUUCAAGUUUACUACUUGGCAAUGAGGCGUUCAUCUGUUCGAGAUCGAAAAACAGCUCCAGAGUCUGCAUUGCCUACAUUAUUUAAAUUGGCCAAGAGUAAUGCUAAGAUUAACGGACGCAUUGUUGCAAACGAACUUGAUGCUACUAUCUCAAUUUAUAUCUACGACACUUUUAUUCCAAAUCAGACAGGUACAAACUAUCUUGGGUCAAAAUCAUUUCACUAUAUCACUGGAAUGGAACAAGAGUCAUUGGAAGAACUGAAUAACAUAUUGGAAUCAAUAAACAAACAGCUGAAGGACUUAAUCAAUGUUGCCAUGGAUGAAAUGUAACCAACAUUAUUGUCUGUGGCGGUACAUGUUUUGUUAAAAAGUAAAUUUAUUCAAUAGAGAAUAUUCU